AGCCCUCGUUCUUCCAUUUCUAACCACAAAAAAUAUCUUUCAAUUCCAUGGCUGCUCCCUCUCUCAGCUCCACCUCAACUACCCUCAUCACUCUUCUAACACUCCUCCUCCUCCGCCUCUCCAUCGCCGCCGCUCACGGCGGCCACAGCCACAGCGACUCCGACACCGACGCCGACGCAGACAAUAGAGAUCCGCGCGAGAAGGGGCUGAUUCUGGUGAAGAUAUGGUGCCUGAUCAUCAUGUUCGCGAGCACAUUCGCCGGCGGGAUCUCGCCGUACUUCUACCGGUGGAACGAGAGCUUCCUGCUUCUGGGGACUCAGUUCGCCGGCGGCGUGUUCCUGGGGACGGCGCUGAUGCAUUUCCUCAGCGACUCGACGGAGACGUUCGGGGAGCUGACGCCGGACAAGGAGUAUCCCUUUUCCUUCAUGCUGGCGGCCGCCGGAUAUCUGCUCACGAUGCUCGGCGACUGCGUCAUCGCCUGGCUGCUGAAAGACCUGCCGCCGCCGGCCAAGGAGAGGGUCGAAGGGUUGGAAGACGGCGGCGGCGGCGGCGCGGGGUUUUCGGCGGAGGUGACGACGUACUUCGUGAAAACGGCGUCGUUGGGAGACACGGUGCUGCUCAUACUCGCGCUUUGCUUCCACUCCGUCUUUGAGGGCAUUGCCGUUGGAGUUUCCGGUAAUAAAGCGGAGGCAUGGCGAAACAUGUGGACAAUCUCGUUACACAAGAUAUUCGCGGCCGUCGCGAUGGGCAUCGCACUUCUAAAGAUGAUACCACAAAGGCCACUUGUAACAACCGCGAUCUACUCAUUCGUGUUCGCCAUUUCGAGCCCUAUUGGGAUAGGAAUCGGCAUUGCACUUGACGCGACCACACAAGGGCCGGCGGCCGAUUGGACUUACGCGAUCGCGAUGGGACUUACUUGCGGAGUCUUCAUAUAUGUAGCCAUUAACCAUUUGAUCGCCAAAGGGUAUCGAUUGCAAGUCGAGUGCUACUACGACUACUCUUUUUACAAGUACUUUGCCGUGCUCCUCGGCGUCGCGGUAAUUGCAAUAGUGAUGAUUUGGGAUUAGUAAAUAAUGUAUGAUCGAACAUUGUAAUUUGGAUAUAUAUCGAUGUAUGUAUACAUUUUUUUUUU